GAGGGAAUCACGCUGACGCGAAACAGAGCCACUAUAAACAAGCCGGGGCAGAGACGCAGCCAUAAUCCCUCCGUGACCUCUCCGUGUUGGAAAGCCGAAAGAAUGCGCAGGAGCGCGGCAGCGGGAGAGACUCUGAGCACCUGAGCUUCGCAUCCAGGUGGUUUUUAACCCUUGUCUUAUCAUGGCCGAGCCGAGGUCCAUCGCUCCUGUGCUUCGUUUGGACCUGAACAACUUUGACUUGGCCGAAGCGGAGACGAGUCCGUACGUUUUAACCAGCCCCCGCUCACUGGACUCCUGUGCAAGGCUCGGCAUCCGACCUGUUAAACUUCUGAUUAAAUCACUAAACGAGUUCAUUGCUGAACAGAGCGACGUGCCCUUUGAGGCGGUGAGGGUUAUGCACGAAUCCUACGAAAAGGAGAGAAUGAAGCUUCUACAACUGUGCCGAGAGGAGAGGAAGAGGAUUAUCCAGGCGGCUGAAGACGGGUGGCCAGGCACUAACAGAGUCUCAGGCCCGGAAGCGGCGCCUGUCCCCAACCUGAAGGAUCUCUCAACGCAGAGGCAGAAAACGGUGUCCAUCCCAUAUGCAGAGCUGUGCUUUAAAGAGAAACCUGUCCGCACGUCCCCCUGUUCUGCUGCUGGUAACAAAGACCCAGACCGGAGCACAGUCUGCAGCUUCAGUCUGGGAGACCUCGGACGCUCCACGGCUGCUGAGAUGAAACUGCAGAGGCUCACCCAGGACAUCGAAAAGGAGAUGAGUGUCACAGUGUCCGAGAGAGACCGCAAGAUAGCAGCUCUGAUGCUGGUGAAGCACCAGGAGGAGCAGGCUCGCCUGAAGCUCUGUCAGCAGGAGGAACAGGAACGAGAGGAGGCCCGUAGGCAGCAGGAGGCUCAACGGGCUCAGGAAGAGAAAAAGAGGAGGAAGAAACUGAAGAGGAGUAUGCAACGCUGGCACGAGGAGCUGGAGGCCCGCAGGAGGCUGAGGGAGUGUCAGGAGAAAGAGAAAGCGGGACAACUCGAACGGGAGGUACUGCUGCAAGAAGACCGCUGGAGGAGGCUGAAAGAGGAGGUGGACGCGCAACGCAGAGAAAAGAUAGAGUCUGCACAGAAAGAGGCAGAGGGGCGCAAACGCUACCAGGAGAAGCUGCUGGGAGAGAAGCGAGAGGUUGAGAAAAGGGAACGAGAGAAGGAGAGACAGGUAGCAGUGGAGAGGGAGCAGAAGGCCAGGAGGAGCAAAGUGUUGCAGGAGAAGAAGGAGAGGAAGAGGCUGCAGGAGGAAAAUCACAGGGAGCUGCUAAGACACAUCCUGCUGACACAGCAGGCAGAGCAGCAGGUGGAGGAAGGGGAGGCACAGAUGAGGAGCACCUUUGAGAAGAAGCUGCAGAACUCCUGUGAGAAACGCGCCCAGGUUGUAGGGGCACGGCUGAGGGAGCUGCGCGAGCGGGCGGCCCGGGAGGAGGAGCAGAUUCACAGAGCGCAGCUGAGGGCCAAGCUGCAGACCAUCCAGCAGCUCUCACACAAACAGAUCCUGGUCCAACUGAGCCAGCGUCGCAUGGAGAGAGCCGCCUUGCACGCCUCGGCACAGCACAGGAACAGAGCUCAGCAGACACAUCAACGCAACAAGCACAGGAGGCUCUGCCACCAGAGGCUCAGAGAGAGGAUGCAAAGAGAGGAGGAGGCAAUGAGGAAGGCCAGAGAGAGCUACAUCUCCAUGAAGGAGUGGAGGAGGGAGAGGCUGCGGAGACAGCGAGAGCAAAUCCUGGGGGAGGCGCAGACGCUGGCUCGGGCCUCCUUUCACAUGAGGGAGAGAGUGAGACAGCAGACGCACAGUCGAACCUUUGAUCAGAUGGCUCUUGAGGCUCAGCUGACCGCCUCCAUGAGCCACAUGAAACUAUGAAAGAGAUGAUUUGCUCCCAUCCUGAUUUCAGAACGACUCUCUAUCUCUCUCGUGGGCUUGAGUACAGUUCUGGCAAUAACUGGCACAUCCCUCCAGAGCUCCAGUAAAAAUAGUGAGUUCAGAGAGUUGUAAAAACAACAACCCCCCCCAUCAGCAAUCUACAAAUGUAGCAAGGACGUGCCAUACAAGUAUGUGAAUGUGUUAUAACCAGGGUGCUGAUGACUCACCAGGUCACAGUGCGACUUGAUAUGUAACUCUAAAGUCCAUGAGACUGUGGCACAUAUUUCCCAUGGUUUCAGUUCAGGAUAUUUAAAUGUAUAAAAGUUUAGAAUCAAGUUGGAGUUCUGCUUGAUCUUGUUGUGACCUCCCAUCAGGAUAAUAACCACCAUGCAGUGCAGUGCUGUUUGUACUACUGUUUGACCCCACAUGACACUGUGUAGUAUUACAGCUUUAUCUUACUGGUGAGAUAGGGGUUAGAUCAGUUAAGGGAGUUAGGGGAGAAAGGUUGAGUUUUGAGCCAGUGGGAAGCCGAGCAGUGUAGGUGAGAGGCUGCGGACCAGAGAGCGGGGGGGUUGAACUGUGGUCCGUGGCCACUGGGGUGCUUGAAGGCUGACGUCAGUGUUUUGAAUGUGAUAUAAAGCAGCCAUUAGCAGCCAGCGGACUGCAGAUGGGGGAGGAGGGGUUAUGGGAGAAUUUCGGGAGGUUGAAGAUGAGCCAAGCUGCAGCGCUCUGGGUGAGCUGUGAGGGCGUAGGAGGCCAGAAUGCUGGUUAAUGUGUAGCUCACCAUUGUGAUGUUUUUUUUUUCCUGCUCCUUUGACCUGUGUCAGUGUCUGAUCAUAUCACAAAGUCUCACUAGAAGCUUUUUUUUUUUUUUUUUUUUUUGUAUGUAUUAAGCAGGGCGGAUAAAGCUAAACUUUUAAUUAAAUAACAGGCUAAUGAAUUGCAAUGAAAUAUUGCAAUGAAUUUAGCCAUUAGUGGUGUGAGGAUGUAUAGCACAGACGGUGUUCUGUAUGUUUCAUUAUUUCUUGUAACUUGUUACAAGAAUGUUUUAUUAU